AUGGGAAACAAUAAUGUCUGCUUAGGAGAAAUGUAAAACAAUCCAACUCGUUAAGGAUCUCCAGAAACUAAAUGGAAAAGAGAAGAUCUAAAAUCAGGUUCUUGUGUCUAAUCUUUAAUGGAUAAGGAAAAUGCUAACUUUUUUAAAAUGGUAUAAUGUGGACCUGCAAUACCUCAUUAUAAGAAUGAACAUUCAAAUUAAAGAUGGGCUAAAGCUAUUGCCACCUUAAAUAAUACUGAUGAUAUCUAAACAACAAUUAACCUCUUAUGCAAUAAACCUGAAUUUGAAGAACUAGUACUUCUGGGACCACCAAAAUAGUAUAGAUGGGAAACUUGGAAAGCUCUUCUUACUAAUGGUUAAAUUCAAUUAUCAUAUGAAAAAUAUUUGGAAUAUAAACCAAUUGAUGAGAAAAAUAUAUUAAAAGACAUAGACAGAACUUUGGUCUAACAUGCUCUUUUUAAACAUGAGAGUUGUGGUCAAGAAUAACUUAAAAGAAUUCUAUUUGCCAUAUCAAAUGCAUUACCAGGAGUUGGUUAUUGUUAAGGAAUGAAUUUUGUAUGUGCUUUAGCUUUGAUUGUAUCUGGUUGUGAUGAACAUAAGACCUUUUAAUGUUUUAUGUAAAUGUUAACAAAUGAAAAACAUUUGCUUUGCUUUAAUUUUUGUCAUGAUAUGCCACUACAUUUCUUUUUUAUUAAAUUGAUACAUUAUUUAAUUCGUAGAAAAUUUCCAAAACUAAAUCUUAAAAAUGUGAAUGAUUCACUUUGGCUCAGCAAAAUGAUUUUAUCGCUUUUUAUAUAUGUAUUUAAAUUAGAUGAUUGUAUUCGAUGUUGGGAUUAUCUUAUGGUCAGAGGAAUGAUUCGUGGGAUUCCUGAAUUAAUAUUAGGUUUCAUUGAUGUUACAUACAAAUAAUUAGAAUAGUUUAAAGAAGAGGAUUAUGGUUUUAAUUUUUAAGGUUAUGAAAGUAGUACAAUAUAAUUCAAUGUGGGUGAAUUGAUAUAUGCAGCAAAAUAAAAACAUAAUAUUGAUAGAUAAUUGAUUUCAAGAUUAGCAAUCUAAAUGAAAAGAAAUAAACCAUCUUAAUUAUUAGAUUUACUGUCACAUUUCGAAAACAUAUAAACAUACAAAAAACAUGUUUAAUUUUAUAUGAAGACUAUAUUUGAUUUAUACUGA